GGGCAGGGCAGGCGUCCGACGCGGAGUGGCGGUUUGUUGUCCUGGCUCUCCGUAGCAGCCCGCGGAGUUUGAGUGUGAGGAGAAGUCAGAUGCCAGGAGGUAUGGCGCCCCUCAAGAAGCCUCGGAAUCCCACAAAAUUACCCCUGGCUUUAAACCCCACGAAGAGUAAGGACGUUUUGGCAGUGCUGGCUGAGAGGAACCAGGCCAUAAUACCAGUUGGGGCAUGGGUGGAACCUGCCUCACCAAAUUGCUCGGAAAUCCCCGCACAUGCUUCAGCAUACAUGAUUGAAGAGGAAAUAAAGGAGCAGCAACGAAGAAAACAAGAAUCUCUGAAACAUUUUCAGAGACAAGUCCAACACCGGGUAAAUCAGCAAGUUAAGCUGAGGAAAAAACAACUCCUUCAGAAGUCCUACAAAGCGGCAGAAAAGGAAGGCAAUAUAGCCAUGCAAUGUUCAGAUCCGACACAUUUAACUCCUAAAAGGACAAGUGUUUUCCCCAGCAAUUUGAAUGCUGCUAUUGGAAGUUGUAGGUUACCCCCUUCCCAGGUGCUUGGGGAUGCAACAGAAGCCGGAGAGAAUCAGAAUCAGUUGUUUAAACAACAAGCUCACGCUCUUAGUCAAACUCUGAAACAGGCACGUCAGCAGCUGGCAUCCUUUAAAACUGUGGGUGACAAAAAGACACCAGUGUUUCUAAAUGAUAGAAGGAAAGAUUCUUCUGCCCAUGAGAAAGCACUUCUUAGCAAACCAGCAUGCAUCAAGAUAAAUAAAGAAGCAGGAGAGGAACCCCCUGGUAAGAUCCACGAAGGCCCUUUAACUACAAUUCAUUACCAGAACUUUAUGGAAAAUCAGGACCUUGGCUGUGGGGAAAUUUCAUCUGUUGUGACAGGUAAAAAGGAGAAAGAAGAUUGGUGUGUGGGUUACCAGCAGGAUCUCCUUUCUGAGGACAGAGAAAAGGCUGUCAGCAAAGUUCAGAAAGUAAAAUUCAAAAAUCCAUUAUUUGUUGUGAUAAAAGAAGAUGAACAAAAGCAAUUGAAUCUUCAUAGCCUUCAGGCUGUUCUUCCACAAGCCCAGGAUUAUUUUGUAGAAGUUCAAGGCAACUGUCCAGAAUCCCAGAGUGGUGUGAUAGAUGUCCUUAAUGUUGAGCCCAAAGCUUCGAGUAUUGAACCUAAAACUCCAGGUGUUGAGCCAAACACCCAGGCCACUGGAAUUGAGUUUAAGACCUCAGAGCCAGAAGGCCAGACUCUUACGACAGCAAGUCAGGACAUUGUUAAAGCCCAGACUGUUGAGCUUGAUGAGAAUAUUGAGUUGGAAGCCCAUGAUUUUCUACCUCCAAAUCAGACCUUUUCAUCCAGAGACCGGGAUUUUCUGCCCAAAUGCCAAGACCAGGACUCUUUACCCAAAGACCACCAUGUUCUCUCUAAAUACUGGAAUGUUCUUCCUAAACGUCAGGACCAGCAUAGUCUACCAGUAGACCAGGAAUUUCUACCUAGAAAGCAGCUUGCAUUAUCUGAAGAACAGAGUCAUCCACUCGAAUGUCAGAUCCAGGAUCUCCCACCUAAAGAAGAGAGUUUUCUGCCCAGACACCAGUAUAAUUUACCUAUGUAUCAGGACAGAAGAGGUCCACAUGUUCUUCCUAAAUGUCAGGAUCAUGAUGUUCUUUCCAAAGACCAGAGUAAUCUACACAAAUGUCAGGAGCAGGAUCUUCUACUUGAAAACCAGGACAUGUUUCUCAAGCAACCAUCAACUUUCAUGAAAGGAGAGAGAGACAAAGAGGAGUUACCUCUGGUGUGUCCUCAGAUCCAGGACCAAAUUUUCCUUAGAGAACAGUACAGGAGCUAUGAGCAGUCAUCAUGUGAUAUGAUAAAUGAAAGAUGGAAAAAGGAAUUAUAUCCAGAGUGCUACAGAUAUGGUUUACAUGAAAUCCAGGAUCCAGACUCUGCAUGCAAGCAGCAGGUUUAUGAGGAGUAUCGGUCGGGACUGAGCAAAUACCAUGCUUCACUGGCCUUUCAGUCUGGAGUGGAUCAAGAAGAAGACAAGAAAGAGCGUCAAAAGCAAUACUUGAAACACAGGAGACUUUUCAUGGAUAUUGAGAGGGAGCAAGUGAAAGAACAAAACAGACAAAGAGAACAAAAGAAGAGAAUUGAAAAAAUUAAGAGAAGGAAAGAGCGGCAGCGCCAUGCUGAAGAGCAGAGGCUCCUGAGAGCGCACUGCCGUGAAGAGCCUUGUUCAGAGCAGAAGAUAAGUGAUGUCUUAGCCCAGCUACAGCUUGAAGAAAUGAAAGGAGCCAGAGAAAAACAGCACCAGAGAGAAAAAGAAUAUGUAAGAUAUGUAGAAGCUUUGCGAGCACAGGUCCAGGAGAAAAUGAAGCUGUAUAAUAUCACUUUACCUCCACUAUGUUGUUGUGGUCCUGAUUUUUGGGAUGCUCAUCCUGAUACCUGUGCCAACAAUUGCAUUUUCUAUAAAAACUACAGAGCAUAUAAUCGGGCCUUACAUUCAGUUAUCAACUCUUCUGAUAUCUCUGAGGGGAACGCGACUCUUCGAAAUGCUAUUCGUAAUUUUGCUUCUGUACAUAGACGGACUUCAAAAAAAAGUCAACAAUAAGAGUCUGAAAUCAGUGCCAAUGACUGCUAAAAAAAUGUCAGCAGAAUGCUGUGUCACAUAGAAAGACAGCAAGAAAACCUGAAGCUACUGGGAGCCGUCCCUGUGUCAACAGAUUUAGGCUCACAGUGCACACCUUGAGCUACAGCCCUUCCAAAAGGGAUCUUCCCAAUGCCAAGCAAGGAGCAUCAAGACUUUGCUUUUGUUUACAAACUACAGAUAUUUACAGUUUUCAACUCAGGGUUUUCAGCCAGUAACCAUGCUAAUAUCACCUCACAAGCUGAAGGUAAAAUGCCAGAAACAUCUUCAAAAUGCCUUGUCAUACCAAAAGCAAAUUGCAAAGUAAGGAGAACACAAGAGUACCUUUCAUUUUAAAAUGUUUGGAAACAUGUACAAAUUUGAUACAGUUUCAGGAGCACCAGACAUAUGUGUCCACUUUAAGUAAACUGAAGGCUUUGAGAAGCUGGGGGCAGUGACUGACCAGAUUCUACAUUAAACCCAAUGAAGACAGUAAACACAACUCAGAUAAGAUGUUUGGAUCAUGGCUCUCCCCUCUAUCGUAUUUGCAAGAAGGCAGAUAAACUGAGCGUGGUGGUACAUACCUAAAAUCCCAGUACUAUGGAGAGGCUGAUGCAGAGGGAUCAGGAGUUUGAGGCCAGCUGGUCUACUUGAGACUGACUCAAAGAAAUUAAGCCAAAUAAAAUAGUUGUUUUUCCUCCUUCCUCCUGCUGCCGCUACUCAUCUUGUUCUUUCACCUUUUUGUGAACAAAUUCAAUAAGACCCUUUUUACAGUGAGACAGUCUUUGACUUGUUCUUAGAUCGUCCUUCUUGUAUGCCUCCCUCUGCCUCACCACCUUACUGAUGCAUGGCUGCUUUUCUCUGCUGCUUAAGCUGUUCGGCAUCUCACUCCACUGUUGUUGUUUUUCUUUUGUUUUAACCACAUCUACAUUAGAGAUUCCAGGAUUUGUGACUUCUAUCUUGGGUCUGAAUUCUGAACAAAAGAAGUAUUCAGACAAUGAUCUGUGGGCAGCAAUAGUGGCGUUUUCCUUCAGGCAUCCUGCAAACUGGCCCACAGUCCUUCAUUUCCCAAAUGUAGCAUGUUUCGUCCAACUUUGCCAUUUCAUCAGUUUUAAAUUUCCCGCCCAGGCAUUGUCUCCAUUUCUCAGAGCACUUAGGAAAUCCUACAAUAUUGAGAACAUCUAGCUUUUCUUCUCUGCUCUUCUCUGCCUUUCUAUAUAAAGGGUGCAUAAGCAGCCAUAAGCCUUUUGGUCUCUUGGGGUCACUUUUAGGCAUCCUGAUGUAUUGCUCUCUAAGAAGCACAGAGCACAGUGCAAGGCUUCCUGGCCUCACGUGAGCUGCCUUUAUGGCAGCCAACUCUUACAUGAUUGCUAAUAAUUAAAAACGUUAACAAUAAAACAGAAGGGAUCCAUAAUGGCUGUCACAAGUCUUCCCACUCCAAAAAUCCCUUUCUAAUUCUGGAUAACCAUUAGCCUAAUCUGAGUGUGAAUUAGCCUAUUCAUCACCUCUUAUAAAUGGAACGUGCAAUGUGAGCUCUUCGUGACUGAACUUUUUCAGCUAGCCUGAUGGCAAGACUCAUCUGUGUUGGUAGAUUCAUUAAUGCUUUACUACUUUUCAUUGUUGAAUAGUAUUAAUAGCAAUAAUAAAACCAUAUUUAUUCAUUUAUCAA